AUGAAUGCUGCUUCAUCUGAAGCCGGAGCAUCCCACCAAGUGGAACAGCAUAGGAUUAUAUGCAAUUUAGUGGUACUGACUGAUCUUGUAGGUACAAACUCUGCAAUGGCACCUGAGAGGAGAACCUGGAGGCCCGCGUCAACGACUGCUCCCUCCCUCCCCUCCUCACGCAAACAAUGCCGCGGCAGGCUGACCAUGUCAUCCAAGACGUCCUCUAUCCUGGACAAGCUCUACAUGAAGCGCACCGGCGACGUGGCGUGGGUGCAGUCGACGGCGGGCACGACGUCGCAGCUCCUCGCUAGCUACUUACUUGACAUUUCCCCUCCGCUCAUCUCCUUCGUCAACCGCCUGAAGCAGAACACCUCCGGCAGCUCGUCCCUCCUCGCCGAGAUCAAGCGCGCCUCCCCUUCUCAAGACCCGAUCUCGGUCGCCAUGUCUCCCAGGUCGCAGGCGUUCACCUACUCCAUCGGCGGCACGCACACCAUCUCAGUUCUCGAAGAGCCCAAGUUAUUGCUCAUCUUGCUUCACUGGCAGGACAUGCUACCAUCCUCCGCCCGAGCCGGUCGACCUCGCGCGAGACGCUCUGCACGCUGCCGUGGACCUGCCCGACUUCCCCUCUGA